GGCCUACCGGUGUUCCGGUGUUUCCACUCACAGCCGCCGCCGCACCCCGUGUGCGCGCGGUCGUAGCUCCGGCCGCCGCCGUCGGCUCCCUCCUCCCCCCGGCCUCCGCUGCAUGCUGCCAACCCUGUUUCCUCGAGCAUUCGCCACCGAAGCUUCCAGAGCCCCAUGGCCAUGUCCGUGCCCGAGAACCCACCACGCCGCCGCCCCGCGCCGGACCCCGUCGCGGUGCUCCGCGGCCACCGGGCCGCCGUCAACGACGUCUGCUUCCACCCCUCCCUCCCGCUCAUCUUCUCCGGCGCGGCUGACGGGGAACUGAGAGUUUGGGACACAGCAAGCCACCGCACCGUCUCCUCGGUUUGGGCUCAUGGUGGAUCGGCGGGGGUGUAUUCUGUCGCUUCUAGCGCCAGACUUGGAGACAAAAUCAUUAGUCAAGGUAGGGAUGGAUCAUGCAAAUGCUGGGCAAUCGAACAAGCUGGGCUUUCACGGAGGCCUCUAUAUACAAUCAAAACAAGCACAUAUCAUUUCUGCAAGAUGUCACUGGUUAAGUCAACAUGUUGUUCACGCAGCACACAAUGUGGCUUGAGCUCUGGAACUGAUGACAUUGAGCCACAAAGUUGUUCAGUUACGGAUGGAAGUGAACUAGGCACUUGCUGCAAGGGACCAAAUAUAAUGGCAAUUGCUGGUCAAGAAUCGUCUGAGGUUGAACUUUGGGACAUUGAUGGUGCAAGAAAAAUUUUGUGCUUGCCCAAAACAUGCAGUGCUAAUCUGUUAGAUCACCCGACCAAGCAAAGAGGACUAUGCAUGGCUGUGCAAGCUUUCUUCCCUUAUGGUGCAGGUUAUGUAAAUAUUUUGUCAAGUUACGAAGAUGGAAGCACUCUUCUGUGGGAUAUACGAAAUCCUGGUCUGCCUGUAUCCUCAGUGAAAUAUCACUCGGAAUCAGCUUUAUCUAUUGCUAUCGAUGGGUUAUGCAAUGGGGGGAUCUCAGGAGGUGCUGAUGAUAAAAUAGUCAUGUUUGCUCUUGAUCAUCAAAAGGGUGCGUUUAUUCUCAGGAAAGAAAUAAAACUUGAGCGGCCGGGUAUAGCUGGUACAGCAGUUCGGCUAGACAGCAAGAUUGCAGCAACCGCUGGUUGGGAUCACAGGAUUCGAGUGUAUAGCUACAGUAAAGGAAAUGCUCUAGCAGUGCUAAAGUAUCACAGUGCAUCGUGUAAUGCGGUCACCUUCUCAUCUGAUUCCAAGCUGUUGGCAUCCUGCUCGGCGGAUACUACGGUUGCACUAUGGGAGCUCUAUCCUCCCAAAGCAGCUAGCGAAGCUGUCGUCAGAACGCGAGAUGAAACAUCCCAAUGAUUUGGCCGAGCCUUCCGUUGAGGCAAUACGUCUGCUUCCUACUGGAUGACCAUACUCAAGCUUGUCUGCAUCGUGUAAAUUACGACGCAUGAAUUAUAGUUAGCUACUUAGCUUAUGAUUUGUUUUAGUGUUUCUGAAAGAAAUUUAGCCUGUCAAUUUGACGUACAACUUGUAGUCAUCUUGUGAGGAUCAGAGGACAAAGAUCCAAGUUAGAGCGAGUGGCCAAAUCACAUUGCUGGGGUGCCCACAUGUAGACUUAAGAAUAUCGUCAAAAAUUAUAAGUUAAACUAUUAGUAGUAA